AUGAAAAUUUUAUGUUGGAAUGUAAAUGGAAUCCGAACCACGGCUUAUGGCAAAGGUUCUAUUAAAGAUCUGUUGGAAUUUUUGAAUGCCGAUAUUUUAUGCUUCCAAGAAACGAAACUAUUGAGAGACCAGCUUGAUGAAAGCAUAGCAUUUGUGGAAGGAUACAAUUCAUACUUUUCUUUCAGUCGUGGCAAAGUCGCUUACUCAGGUGUUGCAACGUAUUGCAAGACUGAUUGUGCUCCAAUUAGGGUAGAGGAAGGACUAUCGAAUGUGUGGGCUGCGAAAAACGCCGAUAGGAUUGGACAUUAUGGCAAUAUUUCAAAAUUCAAUAGCGAAGAAUUAUCAUUACUGGAUGCUGAAGGGAGAGCAAUUUUAACAGAACAUAAAACUGACUUUGGUCGCAACGUUGUUGUCAUUAAUGUAUAUUGUCCGAGAGCUGAUCCCGAAAAGCCUGAACGGCUGAAUUUUAAAUUAAAAUUCUACGAAUUACUCCAAGAGCGAGCGGAAGCACUGCUGAUAGCGGGAAAGCAUGUUGUCAUUGUUGGAGAUGUAAACACUUCUCACAAACCUAUCGAUCAUUGUGAACCGGAUAUUAAGGCGAUGCAAAAUAGUCCAAGUUGCCACUGGCUCGAUAACCUUUUGAUACCUCUCGAUAGUGAGGGAAAAGUUGACAGUAGUAUCUCAGCUGGAAAAAAGUUUAUUGAUAGUUUCAGAUAUUUCUAUCCGCGUAGAAAAGAAGCGUUUACGUGUUGGUCAACUGUAACGAGCGCUCGUAAAACUAAUUAUGGCACCAGAAUUGACUAUAUCAUUGCAGAUAAAGAUUUAGUAGUUUCAUACUUUGCUGAAUCGCAAAUUCAACCUGAAAUUGAAGGAUCUGAUCACUGUCCAAUAUAUGCUGAUUUAAAAUUUACGAUUAAUCCUUCUGAUAAAUUACCAUGGCUCUGCACUAAAUACAUGUCUGAAUUUAGUAAGAAACAGUCGAAACUUACUGAGUUUUUGAAAUUAGGGAAAGAAUCUACUGAAAGAUCAGAGCCUACGAACACCACAAGAAUUAACAAAAUGAAAGAUACUAAUGUAACUGUAGAUACCAAGGGAUCCAAUCAGAAGCGAGAUUCAACCUGUCCUGUUAAUAUCGAUGUUAAACGUUCUAAAUCGUCUUCGAAUAAAUCAUGCAAUCUUUUAAAUUAUUUUUUUACUAAACCAAGUAACACGCACAAGUCAAACACAUCAAUAAUUCAGCCUACUGUAGAAAAAGAGCCACUCGAAGCUAUAAAAGAUAAGAAAGAUAAUAACAACGAUUCCCGUGAGCUUAAUAAUUCUCAGCAGAAUAAUAAAGAAAACAAGAAAGAGGACGAAGCUGCAAUGGUCGCAAAUGAUAAAUCAGAGACAACCAAGGCAUGGAAAUCGAUAUUAAGUGGACCUCCACCUAUUCCCCUAUGUUCAGGUCAUAAAGUGCCGAGUGUGAUGCGAACUGUCAAAAAGUCUGGCCCAAAUCAAGGUCGAAGGUUUUACGUCUGUACAUUACCCGAAGGACGUCGUGGUAACCCUAAUGCAAGGUGUAAUUUUUUCCAGUGGGCUAAUUAA